CUUUUUACAUACACUAUAGUGGUGCUGAUAGUACAUACGCGCAGAUCUGGCGAAAUAACUAAGAAUACGUUCUAGUUUCCUGCUUAAAUGAGCUUAUGCCUAAUAAAUCCUCGUCACAAAUACUCUAAUCUCCAACCAUUCCAGUAAUGGUGGCGGCGGAUGCCAAAGGCGGUCAGGUUCACGACAACGGUCGGGAAGUUAAGGUUUCAAUGUUUGGCGAUGAGGCCAGCUCAGCUUGUCGCAAAUCUGAUAAACCCCCAACGACGACCUCUUCAAUCCUCGUCCCGGCCGCAAGAGAACAGGAACAGGCAUUCAUAGACCCACGAGCUAAAAGAGUGAGAAAGAAGCCUCGGGAAUUGACCGCAGCAUGCUGUUCAACUUCGUGCUUAGCUUCCUGCUGAUCACGGCGUGGCCUUUACUCGCCCUCGAGACUGUCCCGCCUGACCUUACGCCGACAGCCUACCUCGCUCGUGCGGACGCGCUUCUGACGCGCGGAGCGUUUUCAGAGGCGCUGCAGUUCUACGAUGCGGCCGUGAAGGCGGAUCCGCAAAACUAUCUGAGUGUGUUCAAACGGGGCGCGACGUACCUCUCGAUUGGAAAGCUGCAGAAUGCGCUCCAGGACUUUGAUCUCGUUCUCGGGAUGAAGCCCGAUUUCGACUCGGCCCUCGUCCAGCGCGGACGGUUGAGAUUAAAGCUCGGGGAUUUUGACGACGCGCUGGCUGAUCUCAAACAGGUCUCUCAUCCGCCGCAAAAAGACAACAUCGAGCAUGCGACGCAGGCAAAGAAAGCGUACGCGGCGGCGAAGAAAGCUCAUGAUAGCGGUAAGGUCGACGAGUGCAUCGAGCAGGCGUCUACCGCAAUUGAGUUUGCGUCGUCGUCAAUGGCACUUCGGUCGAUCCGAGCAGACUGCAGGAUUAAGAAGGGACUCGCGCUCGAAGCGUCGGCCGAUCUAAGUCAUCUGGCAAACAUGAGCCCGCUUUCGAGCGAGCCUCAUUACCGUAUCGCGCGGCUGCAGUUUCUGUAUCUCAACGAGCGCGAGCGGGCGAUCCAGCAGCUGGCAAAGUGCUUGCAUUACGAUCCGGACUCAAAGUCGUGUAAAGCCAUGUUCAGGUCGUAUAAGAAACUCGACAAGGAGCUCACCAAGGCGUUUCAGUUCAGAGAAAAGCGCAUGUGGGGAACGUUUGAGAAGGCGGCUGCGCUUGGAACGAGCGAGAAGCCAGCUUUGCUAAAGACUGUGAAGGAGCUUGUCGAUGAGGCUAGAAAAGAGGAAGGGAUCCCGGAGACCGUGGCUGGAAAGCUGUACCUCGAUAUCGUUGAGGGAUUGUGCGAGACGUCGCUAGAGCUCUCGCAUUGGAAGACAGACUACUGCCAGACGACAUUAGCGCACGACUCUGAAAACAUCAUCGCGAUGAUUUACACGGCAAAGAAGCACUUGAGCAACGACGAAUUCCAACCCGCUAUCGAGAUCUUGAGCAAGGCGCGACAAAUCACCGGUGGCAAUAACCAGCGCGUGAACGAGAUGCUGCAGAAAGCAGAGGCAUUGCUCAAGCGCGCAAACUCAAAAGAUUACUACAAAGUCCUCGGCGUUUCACACACUGCAGACGAGAAGGAAAUCCGCAAGGCGUAUAGAAACAAGACGAAAGAGUUCCACCCAGACAAGUACAGAGGCGAUCUCAAGCCGGACCAAGUUGAGAAGAAAAUGGCGGAGAUUAACGAAGCUUAUGAAGUCCUUUCCAACCCUGAGCUGCGCGAACGGUUUGAUAACGGCGACGAUCCAAAUGAUCACAGCGUUCCUAAUGGCGGACGUGGCUCGCCCUUCCAGCAGCAUCCGUUCGGUAGAGGAUUCAGCGGCGGCGGCGGCGCUGGUUUUGGUGGAGGUGGAGCUAGAGGUGGCCAGCAGCGGUUUUACAAGCAAGGAAGAGCUCAAGGUGGUGGCGGAGGAAGUUUCCAUUUCGGGGGAUUUUAAUUGCUCUUCAUCAUUGAUUACCUCCCCUUUGCAUCUGUCAGCUAUUGGAUAUUUGUGUUUUAUUCUUUUCUUAGUUUUCCUGGCGUUAUUCUUAGACUUUGUGUGGAUUCACGAGAUACUGAACUCCUGUAGAUAUAUAAAAAAAGUAGUAGUCCAGAGUACGAAACUACACUGGCUUUUUAAUAAAUAGUAUAGUAAUC